AUGUAUACUGUAUUACUGCAAGGCACUGCCGAUUUAAAAAAGCACUCUCUAUUUUUUGAGUGUAUAUAUACAGUGGGUUAUCAUCUAAACAAAGCACAGACAGAAUUAUUCACGUGGGGUGAUGAUGUUUCUGUUAAGGAUAAUAUUAUGUCUAUACUUAUAUCAUUAGUUAUGGGGUUUGGUAUUCUUAUUAUUAUAACACUAGCUAUACCCAUAAUCAGGAAAACCGCGAGUGGGUGUAAGUCACUGUUUAUAAUGCAUAAUCAAAAGAUUCAAAAGAAACAGAAUAUAAAUGAAUUUGUUCCCAUAAGAACAACUAAAUCAAAGAUAUUUAAUGCUAUUUCUGUUAUAUACGAUACAUUAAUAGUUGUGUUUUUAGCGAUAUACUUAUUUGCUAUAGUAACGGUUAUAAUAAGUACAAUUCAGCAUGCAUACUAUAAUAUUUCUUUUCCUGUAUUCCCUAUUAUAAUAGCUGUGACUAUAUCUGUACUGAUUCUGUACUUGUGUGCUUCUGUUUUACUAAUGACUGGUAAAAUAGCAGAUAUUUUCUCAGUAGACAGUGACCACUCUGUGAUUAGGCCAUUUUUAAUUUUUGGUAUGUUCUGUGUGUCGUACUUCCUUAUCGGAAUAGAGAUAUAUACAGGAUAUUCUAAAGUAAGCAGUUAUGGUAUUUCUAACCUUAGUAAUAUGAGAGUGCUAUGCUUAUUAUUUCUUUCAUUCUGGUUUAUAUGGUUUAGUAUAUCAUUUGUGUACUUCUUUAUACUCAGCGCACUAUAUGGCCUAGUCCAUACAGUAAACCAUAUUUAUGAUACAUUCACAGAUGUAAAACUACUUCCACUAGAAGAACAAUUAUAUGAUAAAGUCCAAAAUAGUAAUAAUCCAGCAUAA